UGCUUCCGCCAGGGCGCGCGGAAGUGUAUAGUACGCAGGCACACGGGGCCGCGGACUAUGGCCACCUCCUCCGUGUCCAAGGGCUGUUUUGUGUUUAAACCAGACUUCAAAAAAAGAAAGAUCUCUGUGCCAGUAGAGGACUAUUUUAAUAAUGAGGAACUUAACUCAGAAGACAGUAAACUUCGAUUUGAAACAUAUCGCUUGCUAUGGCAACGGAUAAAAUCUGAAACAGAGCAAUUACAGGAGGAAUUAAAUGAAAAUCUGUUUGAUAACCUAGUUGACUUUCUGCAGAAGUCCCAUUCUGAAUUUCAGAAAAAUUCAGGAAACUGGGGCUCUCAGAUGAGACUCAGAGAAAUUCCAACAGCUGCUCUUAUUCUUGGUGUGAACGUCACAGAUCAUGAUGUGAUAUUCAGGAGUCUAACAGAGACCCUUCACAAUAAUGUCACACCGUAUGUGGUCUCCCUGCAAGCUAAGGAUUGUCCAGAUGUGAAACAUUUUUUACAGAAGUUGACCUCUGAGUUGAUGGACUGCUGUGUAGAUAGAAAUUCCAAGGAGGGGCAAAAUGACAAAGCCCUGAGGAGGACCAGUUAUUCCAUGGAUUCACUUUCUAGUUGGUAUUCGACGGUUGCACAGAAGACAGGCCCCAAAAUGACAAGCAAAAAGAGAGCGACUUGUAGCCAAUGGCAGUCCCCUCCUGUGGUGCUUAUCUUAAAGAACAUGGAGAGCUUCAGCACAAAAGUACUGCAGGACUUCAUAAUUAUCAGCAGUCAGCAUCUGCAUGAGUUUCCUCUAAUUCUCAUUUUUGGGAUCGCCACAUCUCCUGUUAUUAUCCACCGGCUGCUUCCUCAUUCAGUAUCAUCUCUGUUGUGUAUAGAACUGUUCCAGUCUUUGUCUUGCAAGGAACACCUGACAGUAGUUCUUGAUAAGCUGCUUCUUACCCCUCAGUUUCCCUUUAAAUUGAGUAAAAAGGCAUUACAAGUUCUGACCAACAUCUUUUUGUAUCACGAUUUCUCAAUUCAAAACUUCAUCAAAGGACUUAAGCUUUCUCUACUAGAACAUUUUUAUUCUCAGCCCCUAAGUGUUCUGUGCUGUGAUCUCUCAGAAGCCAAAAAAAGAAUAAAUGUUUUCUCAGUCAAUCAAUGUGAAAAAAUCCGGCGCCUUCCUUCAUUUAGGAGGUAUGUGGAAAAUCAACCUUUGGAAAAGCAAGUUGCACUGUUGACCAAUGAGACCUUUUUAAAGGAGGAAACGCAAUCAUUGUUGGAAGAACUGCAUGUUUACCAUAUCAAUUACUUCCUUGUUUUGAGAUGUCUUCAUAAUUUUACCUCUUCUCUUCCCAAGUACCCACUGGGUCGACAGAUUAGGGAGCUGUAUUGUACAUGUUUAGAAAAGAAGAUAUGGGAUUCGGAGGAGUACGAAUCAGCCUUGCAGCUGCUGAGAAUGCUGGCAAAGGACGAACUGAUGGGCAUACUUGAGCAGUGUGUUAAGGUUUUGAAUUCCUCUACUGAAAAGCAGCUUAGCAACACGGCACAGAAAAUAAAGGGCUUCCUGACCCAGUUUCAGAACCUUGAUGCAGAUAGCAAAGAGGAAGAGGAUGCUUGUGGUUCACAGCCAAAGGGGCUGCAGAAGACAGACCUGUACCACCUUCAGAAGUCCUUACUGGAAAUGAAAGAGCUAAGGAGAACAACUAAGAAGCCAACCAAGUUUGAAAUGCUCAGAGAAAAUGUUAUAAACUUCAUCGACAACCUGGUGAGAGACUACCUUCUGCCUCCCGAGAGCCAGCCUCUGCAUGAGGUAGUUUACUUCAGUGCUGCCAACACACUCCGCGAGCACUUAAAUGCUGCUCCAAGAAUCGCCCUCCACACUGCACUCAACAACCCUUACUAUUACCUAAAGAAUGAAGCAUUGAAAAGUGAGGAAGGCUGCAUUCCAAAUGUUGCCCCUGACAUCUGCAUAGCAUAUAAACUGCACCUGGAGUGUAGCCGGCUGAUUAACCUUGUCGACUGGUCAGAGGCUUUUGCAACAGUUGUGACAGCUGCUGAGAAAAUGGAUACAAAUUCUACAGUCUCAGAAGAAAUGAGUGAAAUCAUCCAUGCUCGAUUUAUUAGAGCUGUUUCUGAAUUAGAACUUUUAGGCUUUAUAAAACCUACGAAACAGAAGACUGACCAUGUUGCAAGGCUCACAUGGGGAGGCUGCUAAAAAGCAAAUGUGUGAAGACAAGAGUUCUGCAUCUAAUUUAAGACUAAAAGCAAUCUGGAAUAUUUAUAUAGUUGUAUCAAAAUGUUUUUGGAGUACUUCAAAAUCUAAGAAAUGCAUAAAGCCUUUAUACAUUACUAAGGUUAAACAAGCCCCUCUUGCUUGUCCAGUGUGUAAAUGUUAGACCUUCCACAGUUACUCCUCAGCAGCACUCAUUCCUUUCUCUGGAUAACUUGCAGCAUGCCGCACACUGUAAGUACACUGUGUAAAAAUCACUCUUACCUAACUAAUAGGUGUUUUCCUUGCUAGAGAGGUUCUAAAAUUGCCUCUGCCUCCCCAUUUCUUAUAGUCUUGGCAACCUACCAGGCCCAAAGCUAUUUCGCUUUAUACUUUAAAUAAUAUUCACAUGAACAGUCACUGAGACUUACAACCAGUAAGGGCCUUCACAAACUGCUCCCCUAACUUACAAAACAGAAAUGUAAAGGUCUAGUAAAAUAAUAUCUUCAUCUCUUUCAUGAUAAGAACUUAAGAAUCAUACACCUAGAACUCAUUAUUUAAUGUUCAACCCUCAAGAGAAUUAUACCAAAAUUGUUCACAAAUGAUUCAAAGAGCCCAUGUCCAGGAAAACCUUUUUAAAAGCCUUUUUACUUUGACUUGUAAUGCAGGAUAUGUGCAAGAUUAUGAUCCCUCCCCCAUGCUCCCAUCCCCAAGUGCUAAGAUUAUAAGGAAUUUCAGUAUGCCCAGAUGAGAAGACAGUCUUUAAACAACACAUGUUAUGCAUACAAAUACAGAGGAACUAGUUUUAAUACUGGCAUAUUUUUGUCUUGUCUGAGGCAUGUGUUCUUGUUUUUCUUUUCCUAGGCAUUUACCUCCAUUUGUGCACGUAUGCACGUUGGCCUUUCUCUUUACCACUUAAGAUUAACACAGUGGAAGUGUUGUCAUACUAUCAAAAGGACCUGUAAGACUGAUUUGUGUCCUUACUUGAUAUCCUAUAGAAUUCAGUCCUUAGUUGAGGUGCCUGGCACUUCUUACAUAUUUUAGAAAACAAAAUCAGUGUUUUCCUUGUACUUUAUUUAGCAAAGCAGAACAACACACGCGUGCAAACACACACACACACACACACACAGAAACACACACAACAGCAGGGUAAGAAGUAGGAUUGUCAUUGUGGUUUUAAAGAAUGGUGAAACUAGACCUCACUUGAGCAAAAGUACAAGGACUGGGGGGAAAAAAACUACCCAGGAAGAUUUAUGAGUUCACCCAUUAGGCAGGGAACAGCAGUAACCAAUGUCCUAAGGUGGGAAUACCCCAAGGAAGAGAGAUAGCUAGAAUGGAUAAGGUGGUUCAAACAAUAGAAAUUGAGUGAGUAGGGCAAGAGUGCAGGUAAUGAAGCUUGUUUUCUUUGGUCAGAGGCAGAAGAGGUAAGCAAGCCUUUCAAUUCAAUGAUCAACAUGUGUUGUGAGAGCACAGUGAGAGGACUGAUGUAGCAAAGCCAUAACCAGUUACUUGACCACUGAGAUAAUCCGGGCAAGGCCAAUCUUAGAUGGGGUAACAGCAACAGGGAUGUGACACUGUAGAUAAACUACAAUUAGAUGCACAUUUAGAGCCUUAAGGGCCUUUCUGCUUAUAAACUAGAAGCACUGCUGUCAGUGGGCUUGCUAUGACCCCUAGGGUGGCACUGCUGCUUGGUUGUGGAACCUCUAGGAACUAAAGUCUAAAGGGAGUUUCUCCAGUCACUGGGAGCAUGGCCCAAGGGAAAUGGUGAGGUCUUUCCUCUUCUGCCUCCUGGCUGAUGAGCUGACGGUUUGGCUCUACACUGGACCCCAGCUAUGUCUGCUGCCUCAUUACAGACCAAAGCAAUGAGGACAACUGAUCACAUACUGAAGUCUUCAAAAUGGAAUUAAAGUAAGCUUUCUGACUUUGUAGAUCAA